ACUAUCUUCAGUUUAUAGAAUAAGCGCUACUCAUAAACCCGCGAUGAUUUUGAUCAUUGUUUGCGAUCCAGCUGCGUUUAUGGAUCACGAUCCACGUGAAUUAUAAGGUACGUAAAGUUGAAGCAACGUGGAGUAACAGCACUACCGGUGUGUCGAGCAGCCGAUUACAAACGAAAUUUGAGGAUAAAAUUUUAACUCUAGUCAGUCAUCUGUGAUUUGAUGUUUGAAAAUUUAAGUUAGUGAUCAAUUUUGUAAUUAAUACUAGAACUGAUUAACAAUCAAUAAUAGUUUCAGAAUUGUGAAGUGCAGGCGAAGAAAGAUAUACUUGUUGAAAAAUAAAUUGUUUUAAUUAUAAAUAGAGAAUGGAUGAAGAAACUAAUGAACCAGAGCAAAAAAAUUAUAUAUCUUGUUUGAAUUGGGUGAAAAAAGGAAUUGCUGCUUCUGUACCUGAUAAGAUAGAGUUAACUGCUCAAGAAUUACAAAAUAUUAUAAAAGAGACUCAUUCAGAAUUGCAAAAGCAAAAUAAAGAUGAAAAUACUAGUGACGAAGAUACUAAUAAUAUUAACAUCGACGAAGAUGUUAAAGAUGAUUCAAUAAAAAUUACAGAUGAAUUUGAUUUUGAAAAAUAUGAUGAAGAAUCUGGAAAUAUAUACUGUAAUAUUAAUGGAAUCGCAGUAAUUAAUAAUGAAAAAGACCCAUUUAUAACAGUAGAUGAUAAUGAAGAUGAUUCAGAAAAAGAAGAUGAUAUUAUUAAAGCAAAUGAUAAUCUUCUCUUAGUAGGACAUGUAGUAGAUGAAGCCAGUAUUUUAGAAGUAUAUGUUUAUAAUGAAGCAGAAGGAUCAUUUUAUUGCCAUCACCAUGACUAUUUACCUUACAUUCCAUUAUGUUUUGAGUGGCUAAAUUUUGAUCCCGCUGAAGAAAAACCUGGUAAUUUAUGUGCAAUUGGAAACGAUACUCCAAUUAUAGAAGUAUGGGAUUUAGAUGUAAUAGGAGGAGUUGGUUCUGUAUUUAAAUUAGGCCAAAAGUCUAAUAAAAAAAAGCGUAUUAAAAGAAUUGGGCACAAAGAUGCAGUCCUCGAUUUAGCAUGGAAUACAUAUCAUAAUCAUGUUCUGGCAAGUGGUUCUGCAGAUUGUACAUCAAUACUAUGGGAUUUAGAAACUGGUUCUCCAAACACAAUAUUAAGUUCAUUUAAUGGAAUAGUUCAAAGUUUAAAAUGGCAUCCAACAGACUCUCAUAUGUUACUUACAGGAAGCAUGGACAAGAAAGUACGAUUAUUUGAUUGUAAUACUGAAAUACCGAAAAUAUGGAAUGCUUCGGGCGAAGUUGAAAAGGUUGUAUGGAAUAAUUCUGAUCCUAACACAUGUUUUAUAAGCACAGACAAUGGAUACAUUGAAUGUAUUGAUAUUAGAUGUGAUAAGCCAUUAUGGCAACAUAAUGUACAGAAAGAAGAAGUUGCUGGUUUAUCUAUGAGUACCUUAUGCCCAGGAUUAUUAUUCAGUUCUAAUAAAGAUGGAACUGUUAAAGUAUGGGAUGUUAUAAAUCAUUUGGAACCACAAUUAGUCUUUGAAAAACAGACAAACUUGGGUCAUAUUAUUUGUCUGGAGGCUAGCUGUGAUAAUCCAUUUACAUUUGCUGCUGGAGGAGAUAAUAAAGCGCAUAAUUUAAAUGUAUUCGACUUCAAAACUGUGGAUGAAGUUUUUAAUACGUUUAAAAAUCGUACGCCAAAAAAAUUUGAAGGUGAAAAUAAUUUGCAAGAAACUGAAAACAACGUGCAGAGUGAAGUAAUGGAUGUUACAGAAAAUUUUGGAACGAUAAAUUUGGAACAAAAAGUUAACAUAAAAAAGAAAAAAAAAUUCAAACGUUCAAGUUUCAAAUAA